UCGAACCCAAUUUCAAUUUAUAUAAACAGAGAAAAUGAUGAAAUUAAGUUCAUCAAUCUCCAGCGUUCGCUUCCUGAUUAAAUCUUAUCCCUCCUCUUUCUUUCCUUCAUUCAAAAUUUCCACCACUCUCAAAACAACUAUGACUCAAUUCCCUAAGUUUUCUAUUCAAAAUACACAUUCUUCUCCCGCCAAGGACUCCCAGGUGACGCCGCCCAAGCCCAAACCCAAUCCUCCGCCUCAGCAGCCCUGGCUCAUUGUCGGCCUGGGUAAUCCCGGCGAGAAAUACAAUGGCACCCGCCACAAUGUGGGUUUUGAGAUGGUAGACACUAUAGCUGAGGCUGAAGGGAUUUCUAUUAACACUGUCAACUUCAAAUCCCUGUUUGGAAUAGGAUCUAUAGGAAAUGUUCCAGUCAUGCUUGUCAAGCCACAAACUUUCGUGAACUCAAGUGGUGAUUCUGUUGGGGCCAUUGUCUCAUAUUACAAGAUUCCAUUGAAGCAAGUACUUGUGAUUUUUGAUGACUUAGAUUUACCUUUUGCCAAAUUGAGACUACUUCCAAAAGGCGGACAUGGAGGACAUAAUGGGAUGAGAAGUAUCAUUGAUCAUUUAAAAGGGAGCCGUGAUUUUCCUCGUCUAAGAAUCGGCAUUGGACGGCCACCUGGGGCUGGGAGGAUGGAUGUUGUUAAUUUUGUUCUUGACCCUUUCAACAAGCAAGAACAUGAAGAGCUGGAGUUUACAUUUCAACAUGGAAUGGAGGCUGUCCGGAUUCUUUUACUAGAGGGUUUUAAUAAAAGUGCUUCAUAUGUCAAUAGCACCAAAACAAUAGAACAACUUGGUUAAAUUAUUACUCUAGUUGGUUAUCUCUUAGGUUAAGCAGCAGAUUGAGGUAAUUUACAGGAGAAUGUGAUUACAGUGAAAUUAAUAAUUAGGAACUAGAUUAAAUUUUGCAGGAUGAAAGUAUACAAGUUAUUCGUAGAAAUUUUUUCCUAGCUCCCUUUAUCAAUCGUUACUGAUUUUAUAUGUUCAUUUCUGUGAACAUAUAACUGCUUCAAUGCAUUAGGAAUUAAGAAUUUAGAGAGAACUCUUUUUGUCAAAAAUAAAAUUUUCCCUGACUGAAGUCAGAUGUAUUCUUUAUAACUUUGUUUCAUUUAGAAAUCAAAAUGGAAGAUGUUCUCUUCGGUUUUGUGUUAUUAUUUGGAUUGCAUUUAAACAAUUUCGGUGUAAUGGAGAUAUUCAAGA